AGCGCGUCGCAGGUGCGUGCCCGCCCCCGCCCUCCCUCCCGUCCGUCAGUCCGUCAUGGACCGUCAAGUGGAGCUAGAAUUGGAGCCUAAAGUCUUCGUGUUCACCGCGCUCGCCCUCCUGGUGGCCGCCGCCGUCCUUUUUCGCCGUUGCAAGGCCGGCUCGGUCGCCUCCUCCCCGACUGCCGCCUCCACCUCCUCCGCAGCCACCUGCGCAGACGACGAACCUCCGUCCAGGCGGUCUGGAGAUGAUCAGCAUCAGGCUGUCCCAGAACCUAAAGCAGAUUCAGCAAAAGAACCAGAACCUGUCCAAGAGUCUACAGAAACUGCCUCUGCAACAGAAGACAGCCUCCCUGAACCAGUUUGUGGAUCAGAACCUGUUUCAGAACCAGAAUGUGUUCUCAAAGCAGCGUCGAUGCCAGACACACUUUUAGAACCACCACAGAGACUUAAAGUCUUAGAACCUUUGCCUGACAACAAAUCCGGUGAAGAAAGAGUUUCUGAACCCAAGCCAGUUUUAGCAUCUCAUUCAAGUUCAGAAACUGCCACUCAACCAGAACCCAUUGCAAGACCUGAACCAGAACCAAAACCUGCAUGUGAAACACUUUUGGCACGAGAACCAGUUCCUGAAAUUGCUGCAGAGCCAGAACCUGUACGUGAAACACUUUUAGCACCAGAACCAGUUCCUGAAACUGCUACUCAGCCAGAACCUGUACGUGAAACACUUUUAGCACCAGAACCAGUUCCUGAAACUGCUACUCAGCCAGAACCUGUACGUGAAACACCUUUAGCACCAGAACCAGUUCCUGAAACUGAUACUCAGCCAAAACCUGUCAUAGAAACACAUAAUGUUCUCGAAUCCUCAGUAAAACCUCUACUGGACCAACUUUCAGAUGCGGAGCCCUCUGACCCAGAACCAAAAGCAGUACUCCUUGUUUCUGAACCAGUAUCACUAGCUCAGGUCGUUCCAGAAGUAGAACCGGCUCCAAAGCCAGUGUCAGAGCUACAGUCGGAAUCAGAAUCUAAAGAGGUCUUGCAGGUUGUGACGGAAAAGGUUCUGGUCCCCCUGGAUGAGUCUGUGUUGGCAACACUCUCAAGAUCUGACCAGGAGAAGCCUCCAGCCCCCGAAGCUAAUGCAGCACCGGAGCUCAAUGGUGUUGCAGCUGCGGCGGACGACGACGACAAAGUGACGUUCACGCCCGGGAAGAAAGCAAGCAAGUUUGAGACGCUGAUGACCAAAGAGGAGAUGGAGGAGGAGCAAAGGGUGCAACAGGAGCAGCUGGCAGCUAUCUUCAUGCUCCUGAGGGAGAACGCAGAAGCUCUGGGUGAGGUGACGGAGGGCGACAUGGAGGAGCAGCUCAAACUCUACUCGCUGUGACCACGUCGUAAAAAGUCAUCGCAGGCAGUUGGAAGCCACGUGACCCCCCCCACCCCCACACUCAAAAAAAUGAAAUUAGCCACAGUUGGUUCAGGAUUUCACAAUAGGGACGCAGCGGAAAGUUUUUGACGCAGGGGCCAAGAAGCCAAAUAGUUUUUUUCUUCUUUAAUAAAAUCUCCAACCAAAAGUUGGACUUAAUUUUCUCGGGUUAGUUUUGUCAUGUGAUCGUUAACAUUAAAGUGCAACUGCAAAACA